AGUACUCGAGUGCAAUAAAUCUUGAGAACACACCUCAGCAUGCAGCAGAAUUUGUGCAGUGCAAGUAGGGAUGUGAGCGUGUUGAAGGCUUGAUUCUGAUUGCUGCUGCGACAGGAAGAGGAUUUCCCAAUAAGAAGGUUGCACACAGAACUAGAUAGACAAGCACACACUCCUCCUCCGUUAAAGGGAAGUCUUAAACUUCAAAGAAGCUGACAGAGCUCCCUGACGGGCAGAGGUCCUCUUAGGCUGGCUGCACGGACUUUGAUGCACUUUGACCUCAGGCUGUGAGGAGGAAGAAGCAUGAGGAAGAACUACAGUGCUAUUCCACUCAUCUAUGUGACAGAGGCAGAGCGCAGUGGCUGCGAUGUCAACAUCCUCAGCAUCCCGGUGCCCAUUCGUCGAGGCGGCUCAGAGUCCAACUUGGAUGUGGUGGACAAUGGCGUGGGUCUGGACUUCACAAAGGGAGCGCUGGGCAUCGACAGCCUCCAGCAGAAGAUCCUUAAGGUGACGGAGCAGAUUAAGGUGGAGCAGGCAGCACGGGACCAGAAUGUUGCAGAGUACCUGAAGCUGGUGAACAAUGCCGACAAGCAGCAGGUGUCUCGGAUACGUCAGGUCUUUGAAAAGAAGAACCAAAAGUCUGCACACACCAUCACCCGGCUGCAGAAGAAGCUGGAGCAGUACCACCGGCGCAUGAAGGACAGUGAGACCAACGGGAAGCACAGCCACAAAGAUGGCAGCGGCAAAGAGUCCGGGACUCACAGCAAGGAGGGCAGUCUGCGCGACGUCAGCACCACCGGAAGACACCCAACGCUGGACAAAGUGAAGACAAUCGGACCUGGCGUGUCGCUCUCGCCGCCGUUUUUCUUCAACAAGUCACGGGAGUUUGCCAACCUCAUCAGGAACAAGUUCGGCAGCGCCGACAAUAUCGCCCACCUAAAGAGCUCGAUGGAGACAGGGUCGGGGCUGCAGGUGGAGGGUGGCGCAAGGGGUCUGAGUGGCAGUGCCACAACGGUGGCCAAGGUGACAAAGUACCACAGCGAUGACGAGUGUUCCACGGGGACGUCAGCUUCUGCUGACUCGAAUGGGAACCCUGCAGGUGGAUCAGCGGCAGGGUCUGGAGGUCCGGGGAGGUCAGACUCUAAUGGGCGUCUGAUGGAGGUGUUGGACAUGGUGAGGGAGAUCAGGGAGGCUCAGCAACAGCUGGCAGAGGACAUUGAGACUUUAAACACGCAGUUCAAAAGAGACUACGGGUACUUCACACAGGUGAUGCAAGAGGAGAGAUACAGGUAUGAGCAGUUGGAGGACCAGUUAAAUGACUUGACAGAGCUCCACCAGCAUGAGACCAGUAAUCUGAAGCAGGAACUGGCCAGCAUCGAGGAGAAGGUGGCCUACCAGGCCUAUGAGAGAGCCCGGGAUAUACAGGAGAUCCUGGAGUCGUGCCAGACUCGUGUGUCCAAGCUGGAGCUGCAGCAGCAGCAGCAGCAACAGACGGUCCAGCUGGAGAACACUGACGCCAAAGUGCUGCUGGGAAAGUGUAUCAACAUCAUGCUGGCCAUUGUCACCGUCAUCCUGGUGUGCGUUUCCACGGCGGCCAAAUUCACCGCCCCGCUACUGCGUAGUCGCUUCCACCUGGUACUCACCUGCGUGGGCGUGUCUGUGCUGGCGCUGCUGUGGAAGAACUGGGAACAUUUGCUGCACGCUUUGGAACGAAUGCUCCUCCCGCACUAAGCCGGGAGCAGGACAGGCAACCUCAUCCGAACCUUGAACACAGGUGUCGUCGUGGCGACACAGAAACGAGGGAGGAGUUUAUUUGUAGCCUUACACAAGAUUACUGCACCUGAGCAGUCAUUCGAACAGCUGUAAGCUGAUAAAAGUUAACACAACUAAACACGGAUGUGACAAACUCUUAAACAGUGACCCACUACAUGAAGAUUUGUUAACAGAUAAAGCAGCUGCCAUUCAUUCUCGUCUCCACCAGGAGAUUCUGGUGGCACCAACAUGGCACCAGUAUGGAUGACUUGGCUCAUAUCAAAGUGCGUGUUAGCAUUUCUUGUCCUCAAAAGGAAGAGUAUGUGUGUUACAGCAGCACAUCUCACCUCCAAACAAACACACUGUUUCAGGCUCAGUGGAUCAGCUUCAAACCCACACUGAACGCCUCCCUGUACACCAGCGAGCUGUGACACUCACCUGAAGGUUGAUUUGUACUGUGUGUUUGUACCUGCGUAUUUAUGUGAUUGUUUUUCUUGUCAGUGUCUAAGACGCACGUUGUUUUUAAUCAGUCGGAAUGUUCAUUUCUGUGUAUUCACGUAAUGUACGCCUUCUUGUGUGUCUUUACUGCGUUUCAUUUAACAUUGUGGGGAAAUAAGCUUUGGACAUUUUCAGGCUAAAGCCAGGAGAUGCGUAGCUAUCAGACUGGAAGGAGAUGGCUCUGAGUAUAAUAAAAUCCACCCCUCUAAUUUACUGAUAAGCUCGUUAUAAAGAGCAGAAGUCAUGCUGUGCAGUUUCUUUUAUAAAUCCAUUUGAACAAACAUUUUUAUAUACUGGCUUCCAGAAAUUGAAACCUUGUGAUUUCUAACCAACAGCAACAGAGGCGUAUCUGUUGUGGUGAAACCUCUAAAGGGUCCUGCUGUGAUUACAGACAUGGCAGAGCUGUGAUAUUGUUUACAUCUAUGGCCUCUGGGAAUCUAGUUUUAUUAUCUUACCUAGACAUUAGUAGAUAUGAGCAGCUACCCAGGGCAUUCUACUGGUUGUAGGUUCACUGGAACUGUCUGUGGUUAAUUUGUAAAUGAGUAAAAUACUCUUGUUUUACAGGCCAUCACAUGAGGGACUAUAUAUUUAAAAGAAGAAGUGACUAUCUGGCCCCAUAAAAUGUUUUUAUACCUGUUUUUUUAUGGUUUAAAGAACAAUAUACAUAAUUAAAACUUCAUCACCUGGUAAGAGCGCAUUUGCUUCCAGUCUUUAGCAAUGCUACGCUGUCACCUGCUGGUAGCUUUACACCGAAUGAGCAAAGAAAGUGACUAUUUCCCAAAAUCGAAAAUUGUUUCAUUAAUUCCAGGAAAGCUUUUGAACUGCCUCAUGUCUUUGUGGUUUGUUGGUUUUUAAUACGUGUGAACUACCACUUUAUGCUUUCAGGAAAAAUUUGCUCCUCAAAGCCAUUUUAGGAAAAAUGUAGUUUGUAAGUCGACAUGCAAAAACUGUGAGGAAGGAGAAAUACUGUUAAGUAUAUAAAGAAGGAUUAGUCUGGUUUUUAUGAUAUGAGGGGGGAAAAAGUACAUGGAAGUGUGCUUGAUUCAUCAAAAUGCCUUUUUAAGGGGAAACAUUAACAAAAUUACUUGUAUGAAGACUUGAUGCUGUGUUGCAUUCAUGUUUAGUGGGAAAAACGUGAAAGUUUUAACCAAAAAAAUGAUCCCAGCCUGUUUUAAUGUAGAUAAAUCAAGAUUUAUUACUCCAGUACAUUUUAAUACUUAAUUUCUACCCUCAGAGCUGGGAUGUGACUUAUUUGAGAUGAAAUGAGCUCAGAAACUGCUGCCAUGCUGCGACUGUAAAACGUAUGAGCUGUAAUUCAGUAAUUUCCAGAAGCAGCAUUUACUUCCUGGAAAUUACUAGAAGAGAUAUUAUCAGUAGCGUCUGUUUUUCCCAGAUGACUUGAAUGCAGCGUCACAGAGUGGAAGGGGGGAACUGAACAAUGUAGCUUCAAUCUCCCAAACCCUGAAUCAUCAUCAUGAUAAAAGGGGGUGAAAUGGGACUGAUGCCUUUUCAAAGCUGCUUGUUUUUUCUGUCGUGACUUUUUUGUUCCAUCUAAGAAAGCCAAAUAAGGAGAUUUUUUUUAAGGAAAAUGUGAUUUAUUUGCAUUUGUGGGUUUUUGUUUUCUUUCUUAAAUUACCCCAAACACUAUUUCUGUGAGGAGACGCAUAUCCUCUCUAUGUCCUCUCUGUCUCUACUAUUUCUGCUCUUUUUUUAGUUUCUGGUUAAUAACAUGAUGAUAAAAUAAAUCUUUGUUUUUCUAA